CGGGCUUAGAAGCAGAUUUAAACCAAAAGAGAAAGUUAAAGGGGAAAAAAAAAAGUAGAAUCCAAUGCGAUACUGUUCCAUAACUUGUUGCCUCGUAUGCUAUGAACUUCCAUGAUUCAACUGGACCUAUUGCUGUCAGCAGUAGAGAUGGGAAGAUGACUUCAUUCGCUGUACUGCCAUGGAAGAGACCAAUACAAAACGAUAGCAGGAAAUAGAGAGCGAGAGCGACGGAGAGAUAGAGAGAGAGAGGGGGGGAAAGGGAAAUGUGUUAUGUCAAUAGUGAAGCGAUCUGGCAUUGUACAAUGUUGUGAAAGUUGCAGGGCAAUAAUUUCCGUGAAAUAGCAACAGAGCUUUGAGUAGAAGCAAAGGCAAAGCCAGAGUCGUCUUUCUAUGGAUUACGAGAGAAUCCAAAAGCCCCAGGGCGGGGGCGGCGGAUUUUCGCCUGGAAAGUUGAGGAGUAUGCUGCUUGGAGUGGAGAAGAAGAGAAAGGAAGAGGAAGAGUUUGAAUCUACUUUUACUUUGAGAUCUCAGUUCACUGAGACUGAGGAUACAGGUGGUAGUAGUUCUGAUAAUUGUAAAGAUGUAGACGUGGUGAGUGUUCUUCCUGAUGCUCCACUUCAGCUACAGUUUUUGAUAGUUGUGAACACCUUUGUAAAGUGGCUUACUUUAGCAGCCGAUAAAGAUAACCUGGGAACUACAACCUUUUCUUUUAUUGCAGUUAGUCUUAGUCGGCAUGAUCCAUCUAUAUCAAUGCAGCAUGCAACAACAUUUGUUCCACCUCCUUCAACAGCCAGAUCCGUAUCAAUGAGAGACAUGGGAACAGAAAUGACCCCUAUUGCUAGCCAAGAACCUUCCAGGACUGGGACCCCUGUUAGGGCAACAACACCAAUGCGGAGCCCAACUUCUUCCAGGCCAUCUACUCCUGGAAGAACUGCACCAACUUCAUCUCUAAAUCCACCUACUGACCAUUUGGAUUCAAACAAAGAUUUGUCAGAAAAGGAAUUGCAAAUGAAAACAAGGAGAGAAAUAAUGGUGCUGGGAACACAGCUGGGUAAAAUGAACAUUGCUGCCUGGGCUAGCAAAGAGGAAGAGGAUAAGGAUGCAUCUACUUCACUGAAAACUUUAGCUCCAGAUCAACCUGCUAAAAGUGUCAUCGAAAUACGUGCAGCAGCAUGGGAAGAGGCUGAGAAAGCGAAGUAUAUGGCCAGGUUCAAGCGUGAAGAGAUGAAAAUUCAAGCUUGGGAGAAUCAUCAGAAGGCAAAAACAGAAGCUGAGAUGAGGAAGAUUGAGGUGGAGGUUGAAAGGAUGAGAGGGAGGGCCCAUGACAAACUUAUGAACAAAUUGGCAGCUGCAAGGCAUAAAGCUGAAGAAAAGCGAGCAGCUGCUGAAGCCAAGAGAAACCAUCAAGCUGCUAAAACUGAACAACAAGCAGAGUACAUUCGCAGAACUGGCCAAAUACCUUCCUCAUUUUCCUGCUGGGGUUGGUGCUCUUGAAGUUCACGUUCUUCUGAUUCAGGUGCCUAACUCUCUUUUCCAUGCAUGUUUUGUCAAGAUCUUUUGGUGGUUGACAAUAUCUUUCUUAGCUAUCAUGUCUUCAAUCUGUAACAUCUCCUAAUAUACAUGUGGCAUGUUGAUAUAUCUCUUGUCUUCUUCUAAUAACUAAGAUUAUUCUGUAAUAACAAUUCUAGUGAAAUCUUUUCCUUUGGUCUCU